UUUAUAUUAAAUUUAUAAUUAAAUGAACGUCAACUUAUAAACAAAACUUGAUUACAUAAUCUUCUUUUAUACCAUAUGAAAAUGAUUGAAGAUAUUUGUAGUAAUUCUAAACUAUUCCUAUCAAAAAGUCUUGAUUUUAUAUUAACAACAAAUAGUCAACUAUCUGAAUCAAAUACAAAUAGAACGAAUCAUUAUUUAAAUAAACAUGAUAAUUCAUCAUUAUUAUUUUUAAAUGAAUAUAUUAAAAAUGUAACAGAAAAAUUAAAAGGUAUACAAAGAUUUAAACAGCAAUUAUAUAUAUGCAAUAUAAUUAAUUUAUUAUGGAUGUAUAUACCACCAAUUAUAUUUAUACUUGGAAGUUUAGGUAAUAUUUUAUCAUUUGUUAUAUUAAGACAUUCAUCAACUGGUUCAAUGACAAUAUUUGUUUAUUUAAUUGCUCGUUCAAUUGUUGAUGAAAUAGUAUUAACUAUUGGAUUAUUACGUAGAUGGUUUGAUAAAAUAUUUGAUACAAAAUUUGAGAAUACAUCAAAUUUUAUGUGUAAAAUGAUACAUUUUUGGGGAACAUCAUCAAGUUUAUUAUCUGUAUGGUUAACUGUAAGUUUAACAGCAGAACGUGCAUUAGUUGUUAGUUUUCCAUUACAUGUUUCACGAUUAAUUAGUUAUAAUCGUGUAAGAAAUCUUAUCAUAAUUUUAAGUAUAUUAUGUGCAAUAUUAAGUUUACAUUUUUGUUUUACAGUAGGAAUUACUUCAAAUUGUUCUCAUAAAUUUUCUAAACCAUCAUCUUCUUCUACUUCAUGGUUAACAACAAAUCAAACUAUACAAAUGAAUUUAACUAUUCCAUUUAUUAAUCAUAAUACAAAAAUAAAAUGUUUUGAACAAUGUUCUAUUUUACCACAAUAUUCUUCAUUAAAUUGGUAUUGGUCUUCAUUUGAUGCAAUUUUAUAUUCAUAUUUACCAUUUUGUUUAAUAUUUACAUUUAAUAUUAUUAUAUUAAAAUCAGUAUAUUAUGCAAAUAAACAACGUAAACAAUUACAUAUACUACAUAAUUCUACAUUUAAAUCAUCAAAAAAUCAAUUAUUAUUAUUAUCAUCAUCAUCAACGUCAUCAUCAUUUAUAAAAACAAAAUCAAUAAUCAAUCAAAAAAAUAAACAAAUCAAUAAUAUAAAUGAUAAUAUCAAACAAUUAACCAUUAUAUUAUUGAUUAUAUCAUUUUCAUUUUUAUUUACAACAUUUACAAUUGUAUUUAUAAAAAUUUUAGCGCAAAAUUUAAAUUUAAAUGAUAAAAAUAAAUUAAAUCUAAGAAUAUAUUUACGUUUAAUCGAUACUAUAGCUGAAUUAUUUAUGUAUAUUAAUCAUGCAAUGAAUUUUUAUUUAUUUUGUGCAACUGGUAAAACAUUUCGUAAACGUUUAUUCUCAUUAUUAUUAUUAUUAUUUAAUCAAUGUAAAUAUAAUAAAUUUAAUUGUAAUCAAAAUAAUGAUUGUUUUUCAUGUUUAUUAUUAUAUUUUACUCAUUCUAAUCAUCAUUUGAAUACAAAUAAACAAUCAAAUGAGAAUGAUAUAAAUCAAAUGAAACCAAUGAAUAAAAUGAAUUAUAAUGAUGUUACAAUAACAUUUGAUUCACAAAACAUAAAUCUAUGUAAUAGAAUACAAAUGAAUGAAAUACCAAAUAUUGAAGAUAAGAAUACAACAAUGGAAUUAAUAUCAUAUAGAUUAAGUACAUCUUUAAUAAAUAAUUCAUGUCAUAUAUAUAUGAAUUAUAAUAUUGAAGAUAAUUAUGAUUCUGAUACAAUUAAUAGUAAUAAUAAUAAUAAUAAUAAUAAUAAUAAUAAUAAUAAUAAUACAUGUCUUGAUAAAUCAAGAAACAAACUUUGUAAUGAAAGUAAUGAACAAUUAUCAUCAAUAAUAAAACAUUUUUCUAAAAUUAAAAGUAUUCCUAAUCAACUAUAUUAUGACAGAAGAAAACUGUGUCAUCAUCAUCAUCAUCAUCAUCAUCGUCAACAACGACAACAUAUCGGUAGGAAUUUCAGCUUUGAUGAAAAUCAACAUAACAUUGAAGAUAAUGAAAGUAGAUAUUCAAAAUCGGAAUCUUAUAAACGACAAACAUCUAGAGAGUCUUUACAAACUAUAUAACAAAACGUAUUUUCUUUGUUUUUAAAAUAUAAAAUUUCAGAGUUUUAAUAAAUACUUAUUUAGGAAUGUGUUUAAUUCAGAUUAGAUUUUAGUUUAUUUAAAAUCUUUACAUAAUUUACUAUUCAUGUUUAUGAUUCAAAUUGUAAAUCAAUAUUGUUCUUUUUUGAAAAUAAAUCCUGUUUACUGUUGU